AUGAAUGACAAUAUUCACGACAGACUGAGAUCCAACAACGUCCAGUCAGAGGUCGUAUUCUGUCUCAGUCCAAACAACAACAUCGGUGACGCGUUCAGGAGAUUUGGCAUUCAGGAUGGCAGUCGGGACAUGGUUGUGGUAAAGGUUGGAGAAGGUGAGGUUGAUAGGACAAAGGUAGAGGAGCAUUUGAAUAGUGCUAUCGAGGGAGAGAGGGUUCAGUUGACGGACGACUGGUUGGGGCAGACGUACAAGAUCGCCAAGCCGACGCACCAUGGCAAGAGUGGAGAAGUUGUGAAUGGUAACGUUCGGGAUGAGGCAGACGACAGAGAGCUGGUGGAAGUGCAAGUUCUUGGACUCAUGGCCUUGAGAGGUGCGACCUGA